CCAGAGAUAGAGGAUAGUGUCUGGCUCACUGUCACAGGAAUGAUGCUGGAGCAGGUCGUGCUGUUAGCAGCCGUCACAGUGCUGGGAUUGCUGGAGCAAGCGUACUUCUCUCUGAAGGUGAUCUCCGCGCGGAGAAAGCACUCGGUCUCUCCGCCGGCCACCACCGGACCUCCGGAGUUUGAGAGGAUCUUUCGAGCCCAAGCAAACUGUUCUGAAUAUUUCCCCAUAUUCGUCUUCUCGCUUUGGCUGGCUGGAGUUUUCUUCAGUCAAGCACUGGCAGUGUUCUUCGGGCUCCUGUACCUUUAUGGACGGUAUCUGUACUUCCACGGCUAUGCGGAUUCGGCUCAGGGCAGACUGGAGCCGCUGUACUUCAGUGCAAAGAUGCAGUGGGUGCUGAUCGCUCUGGCCGGGCUGGGGGUCGUCUGCACCAUGACGCAGGCCUAUCUGGGACUGGACCUGCUGCACUCCUUUAGUCAUGUUCUGGGCCUGAACGAACACACAUGAAAUCACAAGCGCUGGAUGUCUGCAGGAGGCUGAGAACAGGGAAUGCUUUAAAGGACCUGAAAGGUUUUUCUUUACUUUUUUUUCUCCUCUAAAGAAAGAAGGUAUUCAUUUUGUCCAUCAAAUGGAAACAUCUGCAAAACAAUCAGUUAUUCAAAUGGUUACUUCAAACGUUGUUAAAUAACUGUCUAGAAACCAUUACUGUUAGUAUUUCCAAAUGUAAAAAAAAAAAGUGGUUUUCUUAAUUUAUUAUUACGUUUAUAUUUCAGCUAGAAGCUUUUAAUUGAUUUUUGUACUAGCAAUGUCAUUGCACAUAAAUAUGCAUCUCUCAGGAGAAUUCUGACUUGGUUGCCAAUAUUUGUUUUUCCCCCAAAUUAUGCAUUAGAUGCUUUUGAAAGCAUUGAUAACUCGUUUUCUUAGCUAAGGCUGAUUUCAUUACUAACAAGCCUUUUAAACACAAUUAAACCGUUUCACUUUUUGAAUAAUUUGACCAAAACUCGACUGGAAAUG